CGCCCGCCCCGCCGAGCCGCGGCCCGCAGAGCCAAGAGCCACGCCGGUCCCCACGCAGCUCCCGCAGCUCCCCGCUCCGGGACAGGCUCUGAGCAGUUGUAGGAGGAGUUUGCAGUCACUUCCCCGCUCCGAGGCAGUGCAGCCACAUUCUCCCACCGAGAUACUCCCUCAGCCACCAAGAUGUCCAGCAAACGUGCCAAAGCCAAGACCACCAAGAAGCGCCCGCAGCGCGCCACCUCCAAUGUCUUCGCCAUGUUCGACCAGUCGCAGAUCCAGGAGUUCAAGGAGGCCUUCAACAUGAUCGACCAGAACCGCGAUGGCUUCAUCGACAAGGAGGAUCUGCACGACAUGCUGGCUUCCCUCGGGAAGAACCCCACUGAUGAGUACCUGGAGGGGAUGAUGAGCGAGGCUCCGGGGCCCAUCAACUUCACCAUGUUCCUCACCAUGUUCGGGGAGAAGCUGAACGGCACCGACCCCGAGGACGUGAUCCGCAACGCCUUUGCCUGCUUCGACGAAGAGGCGUCAGGCUUCAUCCACGAGGAUCACCUGCGUGAGCUGCUGACCACCAUGGGGGACAGGUUCACCGACGAGGAGGUGGAUGAGAUGUACCGGGAGGCGCCCAUCGACAAAAAGGGCAACUUCAACUACGUGGAGUUCACCCGCAUCCUGAAGCACGGGGCCAAGGACAAGGAUGAUUAGAGCCCAGGGCCUCUCACCCCUUCUGCCUCAUCCCGUGCACACCCCCCUGCCCCUUGGCCCCCCCUGCUGCCCCACAGUACAUUCCUCCCGUGGGAAACACCUCCCAGGACCAUCACCCUGCAUCAGGACACGCCUGGAGGGGGCACGCUCCAUCACUGUGCCCAGCCAGCCCUCCCCUCCCAGCACCUCUCCCACCCACUGGGUGCCCCAGCCUGGCUGUAGCCCACCCCCAGCUGCCAUUGACCCCCUCAAAGCCACCAUGACACUGGUCCUGGGGCUGGGGUGAACAUCCCCUGCUGACCUGCAGGGAUUUGGGCUGGCUCCAGCCUAAGCAAGCCCCACUCGGGGCCAUAGCACAGAGGAAAAGGCUCUCUCCCUCUCCUCCCACACUCGCCCUUCAGGAAAGAACCCCCACUUUGUUCCUCCUCCCUGGCUGUUUUAUGGCUUUGGAGCCUGAGAUCUGAGGGAUUUGGGAAGCUGAAGGGGUGUAUAAAGCCUAAAGGGUGUGA